CCGUUCCCCGAGCCUGCCCGGCCGGGAGCAGCCCCGCACGUGCCGGUGCGGGAGUGACACAAACACGCUCCCGUGGAAUAAGGAAUAAGUGCACGCCGCACCCGCACUCCUGCUCCGCGGCCAGGCGGCUUCUUUUCCUCUCCACGCCGAAACCUAUGCCCGUGACACUUCAGACCGCGGCUGGGCAUUCAGCACUUUUUUAUUUUUUUUUUAUUUUUUUUUUCUGCACCUGGUUUUGUCAGGGGGCGGCGGGGGAGCGCCAAGACCCGCCGCCAAGGCCUCCUGUGCCCGGGCAGGGAGGGCUCUCCACCUCGCCAGGGAAGCUGGAGCGAGCUGCUGGCGGGUGUCACGUUUCCCAUCCCGGAGGAAAAGAAACUGUUGCUGCUGCAGAGCGUGCUCGCCCGACAGGGAUGAGUCAAGCUGUGAGACUUCUCUCUUUUACAGCUGCGAUCAUGUGCCGCAGCAAAAUCUACGGGGCUGGGGAGGGGGGGUGAGAGUCGAGGGGGAGAAAAACAACCUUUUACGAACUGCUGUAAAAAUAACCGCAGAAGCGGGGCUCGCCUUCCCCGCGGGGGUGGGUGGGGGUGUGUGUGUGGCCAGCGCCGGCCAGGCGGGGCUCCUUCGGCACCGGAGGGGAUGGGGGGAGCAGCCCCGCUCGGCAGUCGGGAGGGGGGCGCCGGCCUUUGGAGGGCUUCUUUCCUUCCCCAGCCGUACGCACUCUCCUUUCUUCUCCUCUAUUCACGCGAAGGAGUGGGUGGUUCGUCCGGCAGCAACAGGAGGAGGCUAGUCAAGGGCAGCUGUCAAAAUCUCCCCCCCCACCCCCGCCUCUUCCUUCUCCUCCUUCCAGUUUAAUGAUCAAACGUCUGCCUGGAAGAAAGGCGAGGGAGCGGGAGGCACGGAGAGCUCCCCCCGCCGCUGCUGUUGUGUGUGCAUGAGCGAGCGGGUACGGGCGGACACCCCCCCGUUCCGGCCGGUCCCUCCCCUCCCGUCUGACAGAGCCUCAACACCCGGGAGGGGAGGGAGGAGAGAGGAGGAGGAGGAGGAGGCAGAGCCGCGAGUGCCAGUGCAGCGCACGGUUACUCUCCCGUACUCACUGCGGGGAGGUGGGGGAGGGCGGGCGCUGUGUACCUUUCUCUCCCGUGCCUUUCCUCACUUUAACAGGCCGGGGCCAAUCGCCAGCAGAAGGGAACAAAGGGAAGGGGGGAGGGAAGCCCACCCCGGCCGCAGCAGAGAGCCCCCGGAGGAGGCAGAGCCCUGCGGCUCCCGCUGACAGCAGCGCGGCCGCGGACCGGGCGCCUGGCUCCGCGGCGGUGUUCCUUCUUUCUUCAUCGACCUCCUCCUCCUCCUCGCCGAGCUUAAAGGGGGAAAGCAGCGUCCGGCGGAGGGAGAGAAACUUGGGUCGGUGCGUGGGGUGUCCGGCGAUCGGCUCGGUCCUCGCGAUCAAGAUGAAAAGUAAAAAAGGUGUAGUUGCAAUAUCAGGCAGUGAAACGGAGGAUGAUGACACUAUGGAUGUCCCACUGGAUCUUUCCUCGUCCGCUGGCUCAGGCAAGCGGCGGAGACGUGGCAACCUGCCCAAGGAGUCUGUGCAGAUCCUCCGGGACUGGCUCUACGAGCACCGAUACAACGCUUACCCUUCGGAGCAAGAAAAGGCGCUCUUAUCCCGGCAAACACACCUUUCCACACUACAGGUCUGCAACUGGUUUAUCAAUGCACGCCGCAGGCUGUUGCCUGACAUGCUGAGGAAGGAUGGCAAAGACCCAAACCAGUUCACUAUCUCGCGGCGAGGGACCAAGCUUCCCGAGGGCGGCCUGGUGGAGUCGGCCAUCAGCACCAAGAACUACAUUCCCCUGCUGGAGGAGUCUGCCUUCCUCCCCGCCGCCGCGCCGCUGGCCAAGACUGUGUCCUCCUCCAAGCCCGCCUCCCCGGGCUCGCUCCUGGCUCGGCCCUCCGUCAUUUGCCACACGACUGUGACUGCCCUGAAAGAUGCCCCUUUCCACUUCUGCCAGCCAGCUGAUGUAGGCCAGACCACGGACCUGCAGCAGCCCCCGGCUGGCGGCUUCACAGAUCACCCCCUCUCCUGCCACGAGGACGCAUCCAAACUGGGACCCGGUGCGAACGCACAGAGCGGGCUCUUUAACACUCCUCCUCCAACACCGCCAGACCUUAACCAGGAUUUCAGUGGAUUCCAGCUUCUGGUGGAUGUUGCACUCAAAAGGGCGGCAGAGAUGGAGUUGCAGGCGAAACUUAUGGCCUAAAUCCCCUUCCUUCUCCUUCCCCGUUUUGUUUUACCAGGCAGGGAUCUAACAGCUGUGUGGUUAUUGCCACCCACACGAUAUCAAAAGACUUCACUGCAUUAUUAUUAUUUUUUUUUUAUUAAUCUUAUUUGCACAAGGGGAUUGCUGAAAUGAAGCUUUCUUCCUGUCACUGAGAUGGUCUUCAGUGGAAUACGGUCAUUCCAAGAAUUAUAAACUUAAAGCUACUGUAGAAAGGAUUGUGUGUUUUGUUGGGAUUUUUUUUUAAUGUUUUCUUUGUAGAUUUUUCAUAAUGUGAGAUGUUUCCCAAGAUCAUGUGAUUUGUUUUGUUUCCUUCAGACUGUGCAAUAUCUAGAAAUGAUAUAGAGUCUUCUUAUCAUUCCCAUGUGGAACGGAAUAUACCGACACGCUGUCUAAAUUUUCAAUUUUUUUAACAAUACAAACUUUGGAUGAUCAUGCUUUUCUCCCAUAAUAUAAUAAAAUAUUUUCUUUAAAAGUGAU